AACCAAAACAGAACAGAUAGCAACAGAUAGCGCGUGCGCACGUAGUUCUGACGAAAUACGUACUCGUUGAAUGUAAAUAUUCAAUGUUAGAAUAACAAAUGUAUAAUACGGUUGAGUGUCAUCAUACGUUGAAAUUGUAAGCGAAUAUUGCUGGUUUAUUGAAGCUCAAAUCUCUGUCACGUAUACCGCGUUCGUGCAUACAAGUCAAACUCGAUCCAUAAAGGAAAGUUAGGUUAUGACGUCACCGCAGCCAUAUUUUGUCGUCACAACAUGGUGCCGUGAUCAGCUGGGUGUUGUGUAGUGUGCUGCGAUGCCCGUCUUUAGAAAAGUUGUUAAGGACACCGUUUAUCUUCUCGAAUAUGUAUAACGAAGGCUGGAACUAUCUGACGCCAUUUUUCAAUGCAUUUAAGUUUCACCGACGCAGUUACCACACAGAUUUGAAGAGUGACCGAAAUUACGGAGGUAUAAUGGCUCCAGAUAAACCAGAUGCUGGCGAUGUCGAAGGCACGGUUGGCCUACCGAUUACUCGAGUAUUUAGUUGCGGAGAUGCAGCUUACGUUUUGAAAGAGGGAGACAACGCUAGCGUAUUUAGUGAAUCAAAUUUGGUUGAUGGGAUCCAUGAGGAAGUCGGCAUAAUUGAUAAAUCUGUAGAAAAGACCAAUCAUUCGGACGAUGAUUUGACCUCUCUCAGCUGGCUGCAUCAACAGAAUUUAUUAAAAGGCUUAGAAAUUUCUAGACCUGCAAAAGACUUGCAAACGACAAUAAAUUUGAACAAUAAUGUUUGCGAUGACACUGCUGACUUAUCAGAAAACACAAAUUCCAUUUCAAGUUUAGAUGAUGGCUACUCUCCAGCUGUCGAGGGUAACACAAAAAUACAUAAUACAAAUUUAAUGCUGAUUCAGGGGCAAAAUUGCCAAAAUACAAGCAAAAGUUACCAGAAAUCAGUGCAGAUUUAUCAGGAGUCGGUAAAAAACCACUACAAUUCGGUACAAAAUAAUCAGGCAAAGAUAUCUUUGAGUAACAACAAUUUGCCAGUGUCGAAUCGUAACAAACAUCCAACUCACAUACCUUACGAUCCUCAUUUGCACAGGAACAGUAAACCGCCAUAUUCUUUUUCCUGUUUAAUAUUCAUGGCGAUUGAAGACAGUCCUGUCAAAGCACUACCUGUCAAAGAAGUUUAUGCAUGGAUCUUGGAUCACUUUCCAUACUUCAGAAACGCACCUACAGGCUGGAAGAACUCUGUUAGGCACAAUUUGAGCCUGAACAAAUGUUUUCGCAAAGUAGAAAAAGCGCCGAACUUGGGAAAAGGAUCGUUGUGGAUGGUUGAUGCACAGUAUCGUCCAAAUCUGAUACAAGCAUUAUCCAGAGCGCCUUUUCCUCCAUUAACUGCUCAGAACCUCUCUUCACCUGAAAAAAUUCCUAGAAAAAAUGCUAGUGCACGUCUGCCGGAUCCAGUUUUAUUCCCAUACUUGUCAAAACGUCUUGCUUCUAGUAAUAUAGGGGAUAGUCCGGAGGCUGAGAUCGACAGCGAUGUAGAUGCUGCAGCAGCUGCUAUGUUAUCCUUCAAGCAUGGACCGAUUAUCUUAAGUCAUAACAAAGACCGUAAAAGAAAAUUGGUAGAAACAGAUAAGCUAGUACCAAUAAUUACUAGGAGCUCGAGCGAAGACCACACUUAUAGCUGUAUUACAUCAAUCAAAUUAGAAAGUAAGAGGUGCGGGGGCUCAGAUGUGGCCGGCACAGAUUUUGACGAGCAACGAAAAAUAGCAGAGGGUGCUGAUGCGCUUUUAAACUUGGCAGGAGUUAGUACACCUCUUAUUCAAGGAAGAUUGCAGACGCGCAGUGAUCCACCUGGGUCGAUGAAAAUGCAUGAAACUUCGAAAGUGAAAAGGCACUCUAAUCCAAGUGAGUUUUCCAAUAAUUCUGAAAAGAAGCGUAGGCGCUGGCGAGAAUGGGGCGACGGAACCCGAUACCUCAAACAAGUUAGGGGUUAGUACUGAAUACUGCAAAGAAUAUUGCAAUACACUGCGCAUGGUGACUAAGCAUUGUCAAUGCUUCGAGGCUGACAGCUUAAUGACAAUGAAUGUCACUUAUUCUGUAGCGGUCGUUGAUCACAAUAACUAUCAGUUUCUUAGGGUUUAAACAAAAUUCAACUGCUUUUUUCUCACAUUCUUUUAAAGAGUGUUCCGUACUAUUUCAUUUCGUAUUUAUUAUAGAAUCGUUAAUGAUGCAAUGGAUGAGUGAUUGUUCAGUGUGUCGCUAUGGUGUCUAACAUGUUUUUCAAAUUGACAUGUCUUGGUAUUCGAAGAGAGAUAGAGUAUUCUUAUCUACUACGUUUUCUUGCAUACAAACAAGACCAUUCACGUGGAACGUGCAACCCAUAAAUUUUCAAAGUCUGUCAUUAACCAUUGGCCAAAUAAUGUGGAUAAGUUUUGGAGUGUUGAGUCAGUGCGAUGCCAAACAUUUAUACUUGCUGGACUUAAUUCAAAGUUAUCACAAGCGAGUCUUCCUGGAUCAGCCGCACUAGUCGUAAACGCCUACGUGGGUGUUCUGUACCAAAUCGAUCUACCACGGACACUUACCAUUUGGAAUUUUUACUUCCAAUUAGUCUAUUGUAAGGGUAAUUGAAAAGCAAUUUGAAUAUUUCAGAUUUUUUUUUUUUUUUUCACCAUUAAACUGAUGUUAAGGUUAUUACGUAGGUACUUGCUACCAAAUCAUUUUUAAAAAUUUUUUUAGUGCAAACUGGUGGUUAAAAAUCUGUGUUGUACUAAAAUUCAUUACAGUGAAACAAAUGUCUCUGUGACAUGAAGUGACAGAGAAGAAAUAUUACUGAAUAAUUUUCUGUAUUCCAUUUUUCUCCAAAAUCAGUCGAAAAUCGGAAUAUUUACAUUGCUAUUUGUUAUUGAUUUUUGGAAAUGCUACGAUAAAUUGGUUGUUGAGUUAAAAAAAAAUUUUAUGCCUCACCAAAAGUAAGAAUAGCUCUAGUUUAAAUACUGACAUUGAAUGAAUACACUGAAAAUGUGCAAUACAAUCGUAAACUGAACAUUUUGCAAAUGAGGCGUGAGUCAUAUAUCACACUAAUGCUCGGUUGAAACCAAACGUUCUGCAUUCGUGUUAUAUUAUGUGUGUACUUCCUGAAACUUUAUAUACAAGACAGCUGUAGAGCUGAUCAAUUAUUCCAUUGAUUGUCAUUUGUUCUGUACAAGUAACCUUAUUGAAAUCUGAUCACACAUUGAAUCAGUGUUCGAGAUUCUCGAAAGACUUAAGCAAUCUGGUACACCAAAAGAUGAUAGAUAUAUGAUUAAUAUGUUGAUACAGAAAAAAUUGAUUUACUGGACAUUUUAUUGUUAUUUAUAAUGGGAAGAUUCCAAGAAAGUUAACGAUUCUAACCGCAGUGAGGUAACCGAAGUGAUAUCUUACAUGUAGUAAUCUAUCUGCCAGUGAAUAUAGUUCAUACGUUAAACUCCCGGUAUAUGACUGACCUCUUUUUUUCAGUAUGUCAAGUGUACAAGGGUAUUUCGCAUUUCCUCAACACUUGGUCAAUUGUAGCAUCCAAAGUAGAUUUACCUCCGCUCUUGUGUAAUCCGUAAAACUUUCCAUUUUUAUAAAGGAUUUGUAAUAUAAAUUGAAAAGAAGAUGAACAAAGGAUAAUGGCGACCAAGUCCUGAUUUGCGAAUAUUUUCCCUAAAAGCUGUUUCACUAAUCAAUGACUUUACUUGGUGGAACCUACAAAUUAUUACAAGUUUUCCGUGGAACAAAUAGAAUUUUAACUACGAGUUGUUAGUGAAAUUGAAUAAUUUCAACUUAUUUAUGUGACUGGCUUCCGAACAGGUAAUUAAAAAUUUUUACUCUGCUAAUACUAAAAAAAAGUUACAGUGGGUGAGGAUCGGUAGUAGGUCGCUUUAGUAUGAAAUGCCUAAUUCAUAAGUACUAAAUUACGUUUUACAGUUAUAAAUUAUGAAUAGAGGAAAAAAAAAGUACUACUGCACAAGUGGGUAAAAAUUUCACAUUUCUUUUGGUUAUUCUAAUCAUUAAUACAUAUCCAAUAUACACACAAGUUAGGACGGCUUCGACAAACCUUUUCUCGCGAAUUAAGGAACAACGCCCGAUUAAUAAUUUCGGAGUGGUCUUGCAUAUUUGGAGAAGCAGACAAACCUUCUUCUGUUGCAUGUUAAAUGAAGGAAUUAUAUUGACACUCUGAUAAAGAACGAUAAUAUUAGUAGUUUGCUGAAAUACUUAAAUUUGAUCAUUUCAUCCAUGUAUCAGAAUAAUUCUAGUUUAUGUACAAUACUUACAAGUUUAAACACCCGAGUAAAGUUGAUUCUAAUCCCCCCCUCUGCCCUGCCAAUUUAGCAGGUCGAAAGUAAGGUUGGUUUUAGCAGUUUCUAACCAAUGGUAGCGCCGCAUCGAGUCGAUUCGGAGUGUGUUGUUCAAUGGUCAUAUGUUAGACGACAGCACUGUCAACCUUGAUUCGAACCCCCUAAACUGAAAGUGGUCAAAAUCGACUUCACUUGGGUGUGCAGAAGUAGAUGAAUAUUUGGAGGGGGUAUUAAAUUGCUAACAGUGUUGAGAUGACAAAGAGAAAAUUUUUCCAGUAUAUGAUACUGAAUCCCCUUGUACGUAUUCAUUUGAGUUAUACAGUUUCGAUCCAUUGAUUGAUGAAUAUGGCAGUGCUUUUCAAAGUAAACCUGUAUGCUCGGAUUUCGCAGCUCGCCUAAUGCCAAAAUCAACCCAAUAGCACUAAACUUCAAGCAAUAAUAGAAUAAUGAUUAAAAUUAAAUCUUAAGUACACAUAUUAUUAAAUAAUAAUUCAAUCGUUAGCAAAUACAAAACAUUUUCGUAUGUAAACUUGGAACAACAAAAUUUUUAACAUCAUCGAAAACAAAACUCCAUAUUAAACUCCUAGAAAGUCUAAUUAAUUAUAAUAGAGAAAUUCUAUGAUACAUUUUUUUUCUGUAGAUAUGUAUAGAGAUACAAUUGUUUAUAUUAUUCGAUAGACAAAUUGGUAAUAUAUUUAAAAAUAUAUAUAUAGACCAGCCGAUACAGAUUUUUUCGUAACUUAAAUCUCACCUGAAAACCAACUGCAAGACGAUUUGAAAUAUGGUUUACACAUAAAAACGUGCAUGUUUCUAACUCUUGAGUUUUUUUUUUUUUUUUUUUUUUUUUUUUAAGUACAAAUUAGUAUGUAGUAAUGGAAGCGCACAGCACCUUCAAUCGGCUUUUUCGCGCACUCAGACGCUUAGCCCGACGUUUGGAUGCAUUUUUCACCCAUUUCAACGCAAAAUAACGCCAUGGUAUGAACGGACGAUUUGUAGUACAUAAUCUACUAUAAAAAUCCGAUUGAAAAAACGUCCUACUUUUUGGAAUUUUGGGAUUUUUUUUCAUGGCUGAAACAGACCGCAUAGCGUCGAUCUAAAGCUCAUUUUAAUUCUCUAUAACUCUUCUCUACAACUAUCUUCAUUAGUUUUCAUUCUAGAAGUGAAAAACUAGUAAUAUAGAGAAAAAACGGUUUUCCCAUCCUUAUACAGUAAAAAAAAAAAAAAAAAAAAAAAAA